AUGACGACAAGUUUUGUGUCAGAGGAAGUUACAAGAGCUUUUGAGGAUAAAAGAUUGUUUAGAAGUGUUGUUGGAUCUUUACAGUUUAUUUCUAGCCAUACCAGACCAGACAUCUCGUACCCGGUUCAUGUUUUGGCAAGAAGAGUGAACGACCCGAGAAUUGAGGAUUGGACAGCAGUGAAACAUUUGAUUAGGUAUCUGAAAGGAACCAUAGACAAGAAGCUGAUAAUUAGAAAAAGCAAUGCUGAUUUGGAAUGUUAUGUAGAUAGUUCAUUUGCUUCGGAAUCAGGAGACAAAAAGUCAGUGUCUGGAAUGAUUAUAAGAUACAGCGAAAGUCCCAUUGUGUGGAGAAGUAGAAAACAGACAAACGUAGCAUUGAGCUCUAGUGAGGCCGAGUUCGCAGCUUUGAAUGAAAUCACAAAUGAGAUUCGCAGUCCUGUAUAG